AAAAUGCACUUACAAUCCACUUAGAACUUUGAUGGUGUCAUAGAAUAACCAUUGCAAAGUGAUAGCAGGUCCAACCAGCAUUAUCCUAAUAGGAAGACUUCUUGUAAACAAAUUGACAAGGCCAAUUUUCUUCACUACCUGCUCAUGUGAAAUUGCAAAUUAAACAUUGGCCCCACUAGAACCUUUAAAUUAUAUCAGCACCAACUUGGAAUAACUUCAGGAUAUAAUGUUUCAAAUCUGUAUCAAUUACUGCAGAACCAACUAGGAAUUUGUUAGAGUAAAUAUUCAUACAUGCAGGCAGCAGUGUGUGCCUAUGUAUGUAUAUCCUUGGACCCCCAAGUGGACAGGUCAGAUGAAUAUAUCACCAACUAUGCUCAAAAUCCUUGCCCAGUAUGGAGCCUCGGAUCGAUGAGGAGCUAAAGAUCUUGCACCUCGGUCUGCUUCAGAGGUCAUUGUUGACGCGACAACCAUAUCAUCGAUCAGAGGCCAUUUGGAAUGGCGAGGAGCCGGGUCCACUUAUGUGCCGUAGUCGCACUAAGGAGAUGGCAAACGUUCAGAUGCAAGAUAAUCGGGUGAUUGACAUUAUCAAAUUGCUAAGGCUGGAAGGAUUGUUUAGAGUCACUUCCAGAGAGAUAGAUCAUUGCCUAAUAACGGCCCUAGUUGAGCGAUCGCGGCCAGAGACUCAUACGUUCCAUCUUCCACAUGGUGAGAUGUCAAUCAUCCUACAAGAUGUGGAGGUGAUUUUCGGACUUCCUAUAGACGGUGAGGUCUUGGUUGGGCUGACUACUGUGGAGGAUGGGGAUUGGAGUCAAGUGUGUGGGGAGUUGCUUGGUUUUACUCCGCCGAAUGACAAUAAAACUUUGGUGGGGCAAAGAAUUCUCAUCAGCCGACUUGUUGAGGCCAUUGCAACGCCACUGCCUCAUGACGCAACGGAGAUUCAGAUACACCAGUAUGCCCGGUGCUAUAUUUUAGCGCUAGUAGAGGAUAAACUUUUCAUGGACAAGUCAGGAGAUAGGGUGCAUCUGAUGUUCCUGGACUUCAUGCGUAACCUUCGUGAUCCGCGACAGUAUAGUUGGGGUAGUGGUUGCCUGGCCUGGUUGUACAGGGAGUUGUGUCGGGCAAGCGAGAAAGGGGCAUCGCAGAUUGGUGGGGCGUGCACCUUGGUCCAGUAUUGGGCAUGGGUAAGGUUGCCAUUCUUAUGCUCGAGGAUAGAGCCCCCACUUGGAUGUGAUUAUGGCCUAUGGCCAUAUGCUCCACUUGCAUUUAAGUGGGUGCGGGUGCCAAGCUCGAAGAGUAGGCCAUCCAACAUGGCCUUGGUCCAUUAUCGCGAGCAAUUAGUGACAAUGCAGCUAGACCAGAUUGUGUGGCAGCCAUACGAGGCAGACUUCGGCUACCUUCUUGAGUUCUGCGUUGUAGGGAGGGAUACGUGGACAGCAAGGGUGCCGCUUGUGUGUUUUUGCAUAGUAGAGAGACACCACCCAGACCGUGUCCUUCGACAGUUUGGGUUGGCGCAGCAGCAGCCUGACGAUGUUGUCUACGAUGAUAGACUGCAUAAAAUAGACUUACAUGGGAAGGUGAAAAAGAAUUGGAGGGAGGAGCAUGGACUGUAUAUCAUUUCAUGGGAAAUGAGACGACAACAAGUUUGUCAUGCACCUCCUCAGAUUGAUUCAAAGCCAUUUGUGCUGUUGGAGAUGCUUCCUGAAGGCAGCCAAGCUCACAACCAUGUCCGGCGUGUCCUAAAUAAUGUGGCUGGCCUUGGUGGUGGUCCUGUAGCAAAUGGGCAGGCAAACAAUGGGCAUGAGACUGAACCAACAGCUACUGCAACCCCAAGCACAAGCACAGCACCCGUAAGUACACGGACCCGUGGUCAGCGUGCUAUUGCAAGCCCAAGCCCAAGCACAAGCACAAGUGUAGCUAGGGGCCGUGGUCGGCCUGCUACAACAAGCCCAAGCACAAGUGCAGCCAGGGGCCGUGGUAUGCCUGCUACAGCAAGCCCAAUCACAAGUGCAGCUAAGGGCUGUGGUCGGCGUGCAACAACCCUUUGGGUUGUAAGUAGUCCUGAGAUGCCUGCACCCAUCCCGCACUCAUCUCCUCAGCCUGAGGUCCUACCACCCAUCCCAGAUGCAUCUCUUUAGUCCGAGCUCCCUUCACCCAACCCACCUUUGCAGCCCAAUUUUGAUCUCAGUAUUGAUUAAAAUUUGACCCCUCCUAUACUCCCCGAGACACCCUCUUACCCACCCACCAGCUCUACUGCACCCACUCUUGGCCUCUACAUAGAGCAUUAUUACCCACCUACCGCAUCCUCAUCUGACCCUCUAGGACCUCCGGUUGGAAUUGACACUCUACAGCCACAUACUGAUGUACUGGACAAGCAUUCCCCUCAUCAGCCCUCACCCCCACGAGGUAGACCAUAGCGCACUAGAAGAGCACCCAUUUUUGGGAUAGGUGGACACAAAAUAGGACACCGAGGCAGCUCUAUGCACGAUGAUGAGCCUAAGGAUGAUGCCCCGAAGCCUCCUCCCCUGCCCAAACAUUGUUGGGAAAAAUUCUAUAUUACUAUGAAUAAAUUUUAGCAAGCACAGCGGAAGCACAACCACACAAAAACACAAAGAUUUACGUGGAAACCCUUUCUCCUUGAAGGGAAAAACCACGGGAUAAACUCCGAAUAAUUUCACUAUAUAAAAUAGAGAUUACAACACUUAGAUACAACUUGAGUAAAAAAAAACUCUCUUUUUCUUUUUACUCACUGCUCUCUUCCUCACUGUGUAUUUUCUCUUACUUUCUCUAUUUUUCUCUUCUCUCUUGCUUGCUCUCACUCACGCAGUUCUUCAAGACUGCACUAGUCCUCACCACACUCUUGGGACUUCACUUCUUUUCUUCCUCUUUGGGACUUUACUUCUUCAGCCCCAUCUUCACUGGCCGAAUGGCCUCUCUAUUUAUUUCUUCAUCUUUUCCUUCUUUUCUUCCUUUCACACUCUUCACAUCCAGUCACAAUAAAUGGAAGCCAACUUAUCUUGACUUUGCUUCAACCAAUUUCUUUUCUUCAGCUCUUCCUUAGCCGAAUCACCCUUGCCUUUUGCUUCUUUCUUUUCUUUCUUCCUUCCAACGUGUCUCACAAGUUUAAUAUCACAUAAUCAUUUAUGUGGCUUGACUUUUGUACAUCCCUUCAUAAAUGUUGAUAGGCUUUUGUACAUAAUUAUAAAGGAAAAGAUGAACCCAAUUUCUUCUCUUUCGGACAAGCUCCUCCAGCAAGUUCAAUUUGCUUUGUUGACUUCUUGCCAAUUUUUCUACAAGCUCAUUUAAUGAGCUAAGACAAAGUGUGGUCUGGAACAUUGUGCAGCGCACCCAACAAUCUCCCCCUCCAGCCCACUACGGAGGAGAUCUUCGAUCCAACUCUUCAGUUAGAAUUCAUUUCGGCCAAGUCAACACCAGACUCAACCUUCUUCAUUAUCUUCACUAACACUGAGAAAAUUUCAUCAGAAUUAAUUCCUUUCAUUCUCAAAGAAUUUAUUUCACUUUGAAUAUCCUUAAUCCAAUUUCUUGGCUCCCCCUGCUCAAGACCUUCACGAUCUUUCACUUCAUCAUUCUUCCUUGCAUCAUGAUAUUUUUCAUCAAAUAUCACUUUCUCAUUAAAUCACUUUCAGGUAGAGAGAAUUUUACUCUCUUGGCUGCAACACUAUUACUAUCAACUCUCAACUGUUGAGUUUUUUCAAAAACUUUGGCUACAUUGGACUUUUUCUUACAAGCCCUCACAUGAGUCCUAUACAUACCACAACAAGCACGUCCUCUUGCAAUAACCAAUAAUCCUUUAGAAAGUUUCCAUCUUCCAUUGCCAAGAUGGUUACUAUAACUCGCUCGAUCCAAAGCCAAAGUAGACAACACAUUCAUCCUUAAAUCUGGAACAUGCCGCACAUCCUUCAAUAUCAACGUGCAACCAACAUUUGUCUUGAUGCACACAUCACCAAUUCCCACAAUUUUUGAAUAACUGGAGUUACCCAUCUUCACAACAUCAAAGUCACCUGCUUUGUUUGUGGUGAACAACCUUUUUGUGGGGAUAACAUGGUGGGAAGCUGCUGAAUCAACAACCCACUCAACAUCAUUCUUAGCAACAUGCUCACACUUUUGCUCUUCAAGAGAAAGCAUCAGAACAUCCUCAUGAAACACAACUGCUGCAGUAUUCUUCUCAUCAUCAUUCUUUUCAUCUUUUUCUUCAGUUUGUUCUUUAUUCCAAUGCCAGCAGUUUCUUUUUAUGUGAUCCUUUUUCCCACAAUGGAAACAUUCUCUCAUUUCCUUAAAUUGAGAUCUACCUUUUGACUGUGACCUAUCAUUGGAUUUGGCCCGAUCAUCAAGCCCUCUGCUUCUAUUUCUGCCCCUGUUUUCCAUAACAAGAGCUUGAUCUUGUGCAUUGUUUAAGCCAGCAUCUCUUUUGCGAACCUCCUCACUUAGAAUCAAAUCUCGAAUAUCAUCAUAUUUGAGUUUACUCUUCCCUGCAGAAUUGCUCACUGCCAUUCUCAUGGCCUCCCAACUGUUUGGCAAAGAAGCCAAAACAAUUAAUGCAUGGAUCUCAUCGUCAAAAUCAAUCUCUAUAGAGGACAAUUGAUUUGUGAUGGUGUUAAACUCAUUCAGAUGCUGAGCCACAGGAGUACCAUCCACCAUCUUCAGAUUAAAUAACUUUUUCAUCAGAUGCACCUUAUUGUUAGCCGAAGGCUUUUCAUACAUGCUAGACAAAGCCUUCAUAAGAUCCAUUGUGGUCUUUUCCUUCAUAACGUUGUGUGCAACUGAUCUUGUUAGAGUUAAUCGUAUAACUCCUAGCACCUGUCUAUCAAGAAGACUCCGUUCUUCUUCUUCCAUACUAUCUGGUUUCCUUCCCGAAAGAGGAAGAUGUAAUUUCUUCCCAUACAAAUAAUCUUCGAUCUGCAUCUUCCAAUAGCCAAAGUCUGUGCCGUCAAACUUCUCGAUUCUUGACGUCUUUCCUUCUUCUUCGGCCAUUGCUCCCAGUCGAACCUACGCUCUGAUACCACUUGUUGGGAAAAAUUCUAUAUUACUGUGAAUAAAUUUUAGGAAGCACAGCGGAAGCACAACCACACAAAAACACAAAGAUUUACGUGGAGACCCUUUCUCUUUGAAGGGAAAAACCACGGGACAAAUUCCGAAUAAUUUCACUAUAUAAAAUAAAGAUUACAACACUUAGAGAUACAACUUGAGUAAAAAAACUCUCUUUUUCUUUUCACUCAUUGCUCUCUUCCUCACUGUGUAUUUUCUCUUACUCUCUCUAUUUUUCUUUUCUCUCUUGCUUGCUCUCACUCACGCAGUUCUUCAAGACUGCACUAGUCCUUACCACACUCUUGGGACUUCACUUCUUUUCUUCCUCUUUGGGACUUUACUUCUUCAGCCCCAUCUUCAUUGGCCGAAUGGCCUCUCUAUUUAUUUCUUCAUCUUUUCCUUCUUUUCUUCCUUUCACACUUUUCACAUCAAGUCACAAUAAAUGGAAGCCAACUUAUCUUGACUUUGCUUCAACCAAUUUCUUUUCUUUAGCUCUUAGUCGAAUCACCCUUGCCUUUUGCUUCUUUCUUUUCUUUCUUCCUUCCAACGUGUCUCACAAGUUUAAUAUCACAUAAUCAUUUAUGUGGCUUGACUUUUGUACAUCCCUUCAUAAAUGUUGAUGGACUUUUGUACAUAAUUAUAGAAGAAAAGAUGAACCCAAUUUCUUCUCUUUCGGACAAGCUCCUCCAGCAAGUUCAAUUUGCUUUGUUGACUUCUUGCUGAUUUUUCUACAAGCUCAUUUAAUGAGCUAAGACAAAGUGUGGGCUGGAACAUUGUGCAGUGCACCCAACAAACAUUACACGAGGGUUAAAAAACGCGAAAUUGGUGAACCUUGAGUAAGUGCUAAAGUCAUGGAAUUGGACCAUAAUAUCGACUUUUCAAUAUGCAUUAGUGAUAAUACUUGGGAUGUUUAAUGUGUUUAGUCAAGACAAGUAAAUCUUUAGCAUUUUGUAGUUGGACGGAAUAAUAUACUGGGGGUGAUAUUGGGGUUUGUGAGAUUGAUUGUUUUGAAGUAACACUGCAUUUUCUAAAAUUGGAUUUCUAUCUCAAUUUUCAUUAAAGAAAUGAAAACUCAAUACGUUCUAUAGUGCCAUAUAAUAUAAUGGGAAGUUGGGUAAGAAAACACAUGGUGGAGUGGAGUUUUGGAAUGAAAAGUAUGGUUAGUUAUGAGAGAGUCCAGAAGAUCUUUGGUGUGGGCCUUUUACAAUCUUAUGAAGGACUGGUUUGAAUUUCAAAUUUGCCGCACUUAUGCAGUUAACAACUUCUGAUUGUUGGCCUGCCAACUAAGAAAUAACAUUCAUUCAUGUAGAUGUCUAGGUGGAGCCACCAAAAUUCUAGCGUAUCCAUAUACCAUUUGAUCAUAUGAGAUUAUUAUGUUAAGGGUUUCUAGAAUAUAUGGAGCAAACUAAUGCGGACUGGUUAACUGAAUAAUUUUACUUGUGUCCAUAGCAGUAAGUGCUGUAUAGAGUGUAAUCAAAGCAUUGGUGAUUGCUUGGUGUAUCUAAAAAAUGAUUAACUAAAGUAACGUUGAACCUUAUGAAAUUAAGAACAAAUUUGUAAUUAGUGAAGUGCCAUGCCCUUUAGGUAUUCUCGGUUUCUAUUAACUUUUUGUUCGCUGAGUUUCCUUUUUGACUCAAUGAUCUCUCAGCGUUCUUUCUAUGUUUUAUUGUGUUUACCAUUCUCUUUACUUAGCAAAAGAAUUAAUGGUGGUUGUGGUUCCAAUGUUCUAAUUUUAGGACAAGUCAUCAGCACAACUUGAUACAGUUGGUGCAUUUCAGAAGCUGCCCAUGGUGAUGCCAUCUGUUGAUAUACUUUAUUCGGCACUGAAAAAGGCAAAAAGGGUUUCACCUACAAAGGUUUAUUCAUUUUGUAGGCAUUCCCAAUAUUGCAAAGCGAGAGAGAAAUAGAGGUACAAAACAACUUGAUGCACUGAUGAAAG